AUGGACUUACUUCUUCCAGUUGACUUGACCAUUGCCACGGCGAAGACUCUUGUCCGCCUUCGUCGAGACGAUCUCGUCAGGCUAUGUGAAAGUCGGGACCUUGAACCCACAGGAACCAAACCUCAGCUCGCCGAAGCCCUUCUUCAAUGGCGGGACAACCAAGCGAACGACUUUUCCUGUCCGUCUUCAACCGGUACCGCUCACCCUCCGUCCACGAUCAAGAAACGGGGGCAUCGCCGGCGUCAUUCGCCUAAUCGGAGUCGGAAAAGCAGUCAAAAGACCGCGACUCCUCCUGUGUUGCUACGGUCGGACAGGGUGCAUAUCGGUGAACCGAAAACUCCUCCGCUGUUGAACGCCGGAAUGCAGAACGAUAAACCUGUUGGUGAACCGGAACUUGAGCUGGAUCUCGGGACGCUAGGCCUUGAGGAUAGAGAGAUACCGCCUGAGAAGCUGCAGAAACUAGAGAAGAUUGGCAGUGGCGGGUUCAAAGAUGUCUUCAUCGGCAAGUUCAAAGGAAGAAGAAUUGCCAUCUCGGAGUUUAGAGGACAACUGAGUGCCAUGGACAUCAAAGAGUUGAAAUUGCUGGGUGGAUUCGAUCACCCCAAUAUAGUCCGUUUCCUCGGAGUCAGUAUUCCUGAAAGUACUCGUGAUACUCCAGUCAUGAUCGUCAGUGAACUAUGUACGAAUGGUGAUCUGUUUGAUUAUAUCCGCAAUGUCAAUCCCCCUUCUCUGCACAAAGUGUUGCACAUCAUGCUCGACAUCGCCCGCGGCCUGGAGUAUCUCCAUCUCCGCAAGCCGUCCAUUAUCCACCGGGACUGCAAAUCGUCCAAUAUCCUCAUCACCUCCAAGGGUACCGCCAAGAUUGCUGACUUUGGGCUCGCCAAAGUCAAACAGUCAACGCGUUCGAUGGUGCGCUCGCUCGUCGGGACCGUAAACUGGCAGGCACCAGAGUUAUGGCACGCGCAUCCCAAGUAUAAUCAUAAAGUGGACGUCUUCUCUUGCGCAUGUGUGUACUGGGAGAUGCUGCAAUGGCAUCUACCGAAUAAAAAAUUCCCCUGGGAGGGUAUGAACGAACAUGCUAUUUAUGAGAUUGUCGGGACGAAGAAGCAACGUCCCACAUUAUCCGGUCUUCGAAAACAGUGGUGUCAUGAAAUCGUCGACUUCAUCGAACGUAUGUGGGCACAGGAACACCAAGACCGCCCUACAAUGUCAGAAGUCGUCGAGACGCUAGAAGAUUUAAUCAAAUUGUAUUGA